CUCUCUCUCACACACUACAGACAACUCAUCUACUGAAACACUCUAUCUCACUCUCCCUUCUUUCUGUCUCUGGAACCCAUCUGAAGAUCAGGAUGCUGGGCUGUAGAGUGUGUGUCCUGUCUGUGCUGUCAUCUCUCCUCAUCCUCACCCUCAUCCCCUCCACACAAUCAGCACGUUGCUGUCUGAAGUACACUCGGCGUCCAUUGCCAUGCCGAAUGCUGAAAGACUACACCUACCAGACCAUUACCUCCUCCUGUGACAUCCACGCUGUCGUCUUCCACACUCGGAGGGACAAGUUUGUGUGUGCCGAUCCCUCUCAAGACUGGAUCCAGAGGGUACAACGCUGUCUGCUCAAGCGUCAGGAGAGGAAAUCUAAACUGAAGAAAAGUAUCUGAUCUCAUGACCUCAUAACCUGGAGAUGACAUGGAGAGGGUUGGGCUCUGGACAGAUGUACAGCUCUACCUUUCAUUAUAGAACAA